GCUGGGAGCAGCGCGCGGCGAUGGGCGAGACCAUGUCCAAGAGACUCAAGUUGCACCUGAGCGAGGAGGCCGAGAUGGGGGAGCGGGCGUUCCCCAACCCUUUCCCGGACUACGUGGUCGCCGCCUCCGCAGCGCCCGCCUCUGAGGCCGAGGACGAGUGUGCCGGUCCCCCGCCCACCCGCGACGAGCUCAGCCUCCCCUUUCACGACGACGGGAAGAUCAUUGCUGCUUUCACGAGGCGGAUCCAAUCCAAAGUCAAAGACCUGCUGCAGCAGAUGGAAGAAGGGCUGAAGACAGCCGACCCGCACGACUGCUCCGUCUACACCGGCUGGACAGGCAUAGCCCUUUUGUACCUGCAGCUGUACCGGGUCACCAGUGACCAGACCUACCUGCUGCGGUCCCUGGAUUACAUCAAGAGGACACUUCGGAAUCUGAGUGGCCGCAGGGUCACCUUCCUCUGUGGAGACGCCGGGCCGCUCGCCGUGGCAGCUGUGGUGUACCAUAAGCUCAGGAGUGACGGCGAGUCGCAGGAGUGCAUCGAAAAACUUUUGCAGCUCCAGAGAACCGUUGUCAGCCGAGACUCGGACCUUCCCGACGAGCUGCUGUACGGGCGAGCGGGGUACCUGUUCGCCCUCCUCUACGUGAACACGGAGAUCGGGCCCGGCACCGUGUGUGAGUCCGCGGUUCAAGAGGUGGUCACUGCUAUCAUCGAAUCCGGCAAGGCGUUGUCACGGGAAGAAAGGAAGACGGAGCGCUGCCCCCUGUUGUACCAGUGGCACCGGAAGCAGUACGUGGGCGCGGCCCACGGCAUGGCGGGGAUCUACUACAUGCUGAUGCAGCCAGCAGCAAAAGUGGACCAAGAAACCUUGACCGAGAUGGUGAAGCCUAGCAUUGAUUACGUCCGCCACAAGAGGUUCCGCUCUGGGAACUACCCGUCAUCUCUGAGCAACGAGACCGACCGGCUGGUGCACUGGUGCCACGGUGCCCCGGGCGUCAUCCACAUGCUGAUGCAGGCGUACAAGGUGUUCAAGGAGGAGAAGUACCUGAAGGACGCCAUGGAGUGCAGCGAUGUGAUCUGGCAGCGGGGUCUGCUGCGGAAGGGCUACGGCGUCUGCCAUGGGACAGCCGGGAACGGCUACUCCUUCCUGUCCCUGUACCACCUCACACAGGACAAGAAGUACCUCUACCGAGCCUGCAAGUUCGCAGAGUGGUGUCUCGACUACGGAGCCCACGGGUGCCGUGUCCCGGACAGACCCUACUCUCUGUUCGAAGGCAUGGCUGGCGCAAUUCACUUCCUCUCCGACGUCCUGGUACCCGAGACGGCACGGUUUCCAGCGUUCGAACUUGGCUUUUCGCAGAUGCAUAAACAGGUGUAAAAAGACUCCUAAGAGACCUGUUUGGACCAAACACCACCAGACUGCUCAGCGCCAGACGGAGAACCCACGAUGACUCUUGAAAGAGGGACAAGAGGGGACCAACCCCUUUGUGCUGAGCCCCCCAGCUCAGAGCUUGAGCGACAGCUGCCCUGCCCUGUCCUGUCCUGUCCAGGCCCCUCACAGUCACGCUCGCACCCAGUUCUCGUAGCAUUUGCAUGUCCCUGUAUUUGUAAGUGUCAGUCGUGCUGCAGAAAGUCCUUCUGUGCCCGCGGGCAGAGCUGGCCUGCGGGACGCGAGCGAGGCAGCCCCUUCUCUGUACAUAGCCUUCCGGGUGGGGUGGGUCUGGUCGGUGCGCAGGGCACAUCGGAAGGUGGCCACACCUUUCAGCACAUCACCUUUCCAAGGAGCAGGAGAGGCCGCAGUCAGAUCAGAGGGUUUGGCUGGGGUGUGGAGGCUGAGCCUCGCGAGGGUGUUGUGCUCACCUCGAUGUUUUUGUUGUUGUUGCUGUUGGGUUGUUGUUUUAUUCUUACCUGAGA